AUGUUGUGGGUGGACAAGUACAGACCCAAAACCCUAGAGCAAGUGAUCGUUCAUGAAGACAUCGCCCAAAACCUCAAGAAACUUGUACUCGUUCAUGCUACUCUUGCCAAGUUCAUUUUAACUUUUUUUUUCUUUGUCCCAUGUUGCCGAGCAGGAUUGCCUCAUCUACUCUUCUAUGGCCCGUCUGGUUCUGGGAAGAAAACUCUGAUCAUGGGUUUGCUCCGUCAAAUAUACGGCCCCGGCGUUGAAAAGGUGAAGGUGGAGAAUAGGACUUGGAAAGUUGAUGCUGGCAAUAGAACAAUUGAUCUCGAGUUGACUACAUUAUCAACUGCAAACCAUGUGGAAUUAAGUCCCAGUGAUGCGGGAUUCCAGGAUAGAUAUGUUGUGCAGGAUGUUAUCAAAGAGAUGGCUAGGAAUAGGCCAAUUGACUCAAAAGGAAAGAAAACAUACAAAGUGGUUGUGCUUAAUGAGGUUGACAAGCUUUCCAGAGAGGCCCAACAUUCUCUACGAAGAACUAUGGAGAAAUAUAGCACUUCCUGCCGGCUAAUUCUCUGUUGUAACAGUUCUUCGAAGGUUACUGAGGCUAUUCGGUCCCGUUGUCUGAAUGUUCGAAUAAAUGCUCCUGCACAGGAACAGAUAGUUAGGGUUCUGGACUUCAUCGGGAAGAAAGAAGGGCUGGAAAUUCCACCUGGAUUUACUGCUCGUAUUGCUGAAAAAUCAAAUAGAAGUUUAAGGAGAGCCAUACUCUCAUUUGAGACUUGUCGGGUUCAACAGUACCCUUUCAAAAAUAAUCAAGAAAUCUCUUCAUUGGAGUGGGAAGAUUAUGUUUCCACCAUAUCUUCUGACAUAAUGAAGGAGCAGAGUCCUAAAAGAUUGUUCGAGGUUCGAGGAAAGUUGUAUGAACUACUUGUCAACUGUAUUCCUCCUGAGAUUUUGUUGAAGAGACUUCUCUUUGAGUUACUGAAGAAACUGGAUGAUGAUUUGAAGCAUGACGUCUGUCACUGGGCUGCAUAUUAUGAACAUAGAAUGCGAUUGGGGCAGAAAGCCAUAUUUCAUCUCGAAGCAUUUGUGGCAAAGUUUAUGAGCAUAUACAAGUCUUUCCUGGUGUCGACUUUGAUGAUGUGAAGUUGUGCAGAUCUAUCAACUUCGGGCAUAGAAAGAUUCCUUUGAGAGCUAUUAGGAUUUUGCAUAUGUUGUAAUUCUCACAUCCUCUCCUCACUCUUGGUGCUUUACUGCUUUCUAUGUUGUAAUCCUCACCUCGCCCUUGUGCAUGUCCUUCCUGCCAAGUGAGCUUUGCAACUUUCUGCAAGGGUGCUCCUCUGUAGGGUAAGUUCACACUCUGAGUUUUGAUUAAAACAAAAGCUAAACUGCGUAGCAUACUACCAUUCUCAUGCAUGGCUGUAGAGAGAGGUGAAGCAAUGGUUCUGUUAAUUUGUACAUGGGCAGUUGAUGUCGAUCCAGAUAAAAAAUAAAGGAGAUAGAAGAUCAAAAUCAUCUGCUAACCAUAUGAUAUGAACAGAAAAUGGUGAAAAAUACCUGGAUGAAAGCUGCAUGCUUGGAUUUGGUUU